AUGCAGACGUCCACGAGUGAAGACAAGAUCCCGGUUGUGGGUCCUACGUCAAGCCCCCAGAGCAACAGAGAAGGCCUUUACUUCUCUGAUGGCCGACGGAAAGUCGACUAUGUCCUGGUCUUCCAUCAGCGACGGCACAACUCCAUACGGCAGAGCUUCUCACGAUCCCGCGCCAGCAUAUCAGUGUCACAUGACAGAUUAUCUAUUGUUUCCAAUGGCAACUUUCGGCAGUCGGUGGGCUCGCACUCUAUGGCAGGAUUAGGAGGGGACGCGCCGGAAGGAGAGGCGGUGAACAUCGACGAGGUGUUCAUGGAACUUGGAUUUGCAGGAGGGAACGAGCUGAUGGAGCCGGCUGAGCACGAGAUGCGCUUGAUCAGACAAGAGUUUGAGGCCAACCUGCUGGAGGCCGGCCUGGAGAUAGAGAGAGACAGAGAGUUUAAGGCCCACGGCCCCAGCUUCACUCGUCUCCAUGCACCCUGGCCAGUGCUCUGUCGAGAGGCCGAGUUCCUCAAGAUUAAGGUCCCCACUAAAACGAGUUACGAACUUAAAGAGGAAAGUGGUUUUGGGUCCAGUAUGAGCAACGUGUGGAGGAAACUGAAUCAACCUUUUCAGCCCAAAGUCCCAAAUCCAGACAACGGACGCACAAAAUUUCUCUCGCACUGCUUCUCCAGAGACAAACUCAACCUGUACAACAUCACAUCUAAGGACACUUUUUUUGACAAUGCAACGAGGGGCAGAGUUGUGUACGAGAUCCUGAGAAGAACGGUGUGUGUACGAACUUGUCAAACCAUAGGCAUCAGCACAUUGAUAGCUAAAUGCGUGUAUGAUGCUGCCUUCCCUCUUCACGACGGGGACUACAUGGCCGUCGAACACAUGGAGGAGAGGAAUGACCGACAGGUCCUGCAUGAGGAGUGGGCCAGAUACUCAGCCUUCUACAAGUACCAGCCCAUUGAUCUGGUCAGGAAGUACUUCGGGGAGAAGAUCGGACUCUACUUCGCAUGGCUCGGCGUUUACACUCAGCUGCUCAUACCGGCCUCCAUAGUGGGGAUCAUUGUGUUUGGUUACGGGGUGGCGACAGUGGAUACUAACAUACCUAGCCUGGAGAUGUGUGACGAGCGUCUCAAUUUCACCAUGUGUCCUCUGUGUGAUGGAGCCUGUGACUUCUGGCAGCUGAGCACCGCCUGCGGCACUGCCCGAGCGUCGCACCUCUUCGACAACCCCGCCACCGUCUUCUUCGCCAUCUUCAUGUCUCUGUGGGCUGUGUUGUUCCUGGAGCACUGGAAGCGUCGUCAGAUCAGUUUGAGCUUCAGCUGGGAUCUGACAGGCAUCGAGGAGGAGGAGGAACAUCCCAGGCCAAAAUACGAGACCAUCCUUCUUCAGAAGAGACAGAGGAAGCAGAAAAACAAGAAGCAGAAGAAAAAGAGUGAGCCAGACAAGCAGGAGGAAGGGACAGUAACAGGGAAGGACAGAUGGAGACAAAAACUACUGUCUACCAUGGCUGCAGGAAUACCGACUGCCAUAGACAAGUUGACCUGGAAAGACCGUCUUCCUGGAUACCUCAUAAACGUUUCUUCCAUCCUCUUUAUGUUUGGGCUGACGUUUUCUGCAGUUUUCGGGGUCAUCGUCUACCGCAUUGCUGUGUCGGCGCUAAUGGCCAUGAGCCCCGACCCGGAGACCAAGUCCAACGUCCGGGUGACGGUGACGGCCACCGCAGUCAUCAUCAACUUGGUGGUUAUUCUGAUCCUCGAUGAAAUCUACGGAGCUGUGGCCGUGUGGCUCACUGAGCUAGAGAUUCCCAAAACAGAAACCAACUUUGAGGAGCGUCUGAUCCUGAAAGCCUUCUUACUCAAAUUCAUGAACGCGUACGCACCCAUCUUUUAUGUGGCUUUCUUCAAGGGAAGGUUCGCAGGUCGACCUGGAAAUUACGUGUAUGUCUUUAACGAUUAUCGGAUGGAAGAGUGUGCUCCAGGAGGCUGCCUCAUCGAGUUGUGCAUCCAGCUCAGCAUCAUCAUGCUCGGGAAGCAGCUGAUCCAGAACAACAUCUUUGAAAUCGGAAUCCCGAAGCUGAAGAAGUUGGUCCGAGCGCUGAAGAACAAAGGAUUAGCAGAGGAGGAGAGGGAGGAGGAGAGGCCUCCACAGCAGUGGAACCUGGACCACGCUCUGGCUCCAUUUGAAGGCCUCACGCCCGAAUACAUGGAGAUGAUCAUCCAGUUCGGUUUUGUCUCUCUGUUCGUGGCGUCCUUUCCGCUCGCUCCGCUCUUCGCUCUGCUCAACAACGUCAUCGAGAUCAGACUGGACGCCAAGAAGUUUAUCACAGAGCUACGCAGGCCGGUGGCCAUACGCGCUAAGGACAUUGGUAUAUGGUACAACAUACUGAGUGGAAUGGGAAAGUUCUCCGUCAUUAUAAAUGCCUUUGUGAUCUCCUUCACGUCAGACUUCAUCCCUCGGCUCGUCUACCAGUACAUGUUCAGUCAGAGUGGCACCAUGCACGGCUUCAUUGACCACACCCUCUCCUACUUCAACGUGUCCAGUCUCAAACCCGGCACGGCCCCGCACAACUCUGGAGACAUCACCGUCUGCCGGUACAAAGACUACAGGGAGCCCCCUUGGUCUCCAGACGCGUACCAGUUCUCCAAACACUACUGGUGUGUCCUGGCUGCACGACUGGCUUUUGUCAUAUUGUUCCAAAACCUUGUGAUGUUCCUCAGCCUCGUGGUCGCCUGGGUGAUCCCUGACGUCCCCAAAACCAUCGUGGAGCAACUCAAGCGGGAGAAGAAGCUCCUGGUGGACGUCUUCUUGAGGGAAGAGAAGGAGAAAUUCCAGCUCAUCCAGAGCCUCUUCGCCAAGGACAACACGCUGCAGCCUGGCAGCAACGUGCUCGCCCCGGGACCGGGCCUCUCCAUCCCAGGCCGCUACAGCACCCUCCCCCCAGGCCCCACGCAGACCCCGGCUGGAGACGGAGCAGUGCCGAGGGCGAGGUGUAGGGCCGCCAGCUUCAGCCAGUUCAGCAGGACGAUUCCACCGUUGAAUGAAAAUGAGAAUUCCAAACACACAGCGGUGUGA